UUGUAACACUAAACGCAUCUACUAUAUCAUGAACUCGACAAAGAGACGAUCAUUCUUAACACAGUUCAAAGCAUCUUAUCCUAAAACAUCAAUUAAUCUAUAAGAUAAAAUACAAUGUAAUUCAAAUCAUUAUUCUCUUACUCUAAUACAUCUACGGAGUAAUAACUAACAUAAUCUCGUUAACACGAGAGAGUAAAUGAAAGAGUGAAGGGAGAGUUGAGGAAAAGGAAUUAGCUUUUGAUUUGGGUGGACAUCACUUGCAUUUCUACUAAAUAUUUUCUUGAGUUACUCUCAUUAUAAUUGAUAGUUUAUAAUUAAGAUAGUUGGGGACGCGAUCUCUGAGGAAGUUAAAGAAAGGGUGUGUGUCGCAAGAAUCUGCCGAUGAUCAUGAGUGAUGACCAACCAGCGACGGCGACCCAGCAGCGGGGGGAAAAGACAGUCUCGGAUGAGAUUAUCCCGGCAAAACUCUCCAACCUAUGCAGCAGCGGCGAGGCAGGCGACAACAUCCUGAAUCGCGGUUCGUCCCGACGCAUUUUGAUUGCCUUCCUCGAAAUCAGAGGGGGAAGCAAACAGUUCCGGCCACAAAUCCAACCGCCUCUUUCUUCCUUGUUUCGAUGCACCGUCGAUCUACCGCGACAUCUUCAACAAGACCACCUUGAUUUGGAGAAUCACGCCAGGAUAUAGAGGUAAGAAUCUUCUUCUCUAUUUCAGUUUGAGCAUAAAAACAUGUGUUUGUCUAUAUACAGCAAUCUCCGCUUCGUCGGAUUAUCGCCUUUGUGUGUCAUGCUGGUUCGAUUUGUUACAUUGUGAUGUCCACCAUUCACCUUUUCGUGUUAAUAGUUCUGUAACUUGCAUGUUGAAUUGUUGAUCCGUACUUAUUAGCGACGGAAGGGGCUAGCUAGUCCGCAAUCCACAUAACCAAACUUCUCCGCCCUUGUACAGUACUGGUCGCCCCUGUUUCCUCUCCAUUGGGGAUUUUGCAGUUCUUCUCCUUCCUCCGGCAAGCAGCCCGUGCAGUUGCGAUGGGAGGUGGAUGGCUAUCCACUCCCUUGUUUCUGGCACAUCGUGGCUACAUGGAUGGAUAAUUCCUACAUUUUCUUUUCUUUAUUCUAUUUGCUUCCAUUUUUAUUGUAUUCAAUAUAUUUUUCAGAUAAUUUAUCUUUAUUGGAAAAAAGAGAGAAAAAUGGUAUUUUUCUCUUUUGCUUAUCUCUGCUUUCUUUUCUUUUUGGCUAUUGACGCCACUAAUUUUAUCUUUAGAAAAUGAUUAGCUUGAUUUUACCGCAAUCAUUUUCUUGUCUCAUUGUUUGAUUUGAUUUCUAUCAUAGACAAUUUGAGUACAUCAUCUUUAAAAAAUGGCUAGCUUGAUUUUACCACAUUCAUUUUUAUCAUGGUUCAACUGAUUUCAAUCACGAACAAUUUGAGUACAUCAUUGUUACCAAAAUGUUAGUUUGAUUUUUCCGCUGACAUUUUUUUUCUCGUUGUCCGAUUUGAUUUCUAUCAUAGAUAAUUUGAGUACAGUGUCCUUACAAAAUGAUUAGUUUGAUUUUACCACUAUCAUUUUUCUCAUUGUUUGAUUGAUUUAUAUCACAAACAAUUUGAGUAUAUCGUCAUCACAAAUUAGUUAGCUUGAUUUUACCGGUGACAGUUUUCUCAUUGUUUGAUUGAUUUCUAUCACAUACAUUUUGAGUACAUUUGUUAUUACAAAAAUUAAUAGCUUGAUUUAUUGCUGACAAUUUUCUCAUUGUCCGAUUUGAUUUCUAUCACAGACGAUUUGAGUACGUCUCCCUUACAUAAUUAAUAGCUUGAUUUGACCGCUUUCUAUCACAGACAGUUUGUGUACAUCAUGACUACAAAAUGGCUAGCUUGAUUUUACCGCAAUCAUUUUUCCAUUUGUUCUAUUGAUUCUAUCACGAACAAUUUGAGUGCAUUGUCUUUACACAAAUGUUAGUUUGAUUUUUCUCCUGACAUUUUUUUCAUUGUUUGAUUUGAUUCCAAUCAUAGACAAUUUGAGUCGAAAAUGGUUGGUUUGAUUUUUAUCGUUGACAUUUCUUCUCAUUGCUUAAUUUGAUUUCUAUCAUGGACAAUUUGAGCAUAUCGUCAUUACAAAACAGUCGGUUUGAUUUUCAUCCUUGACAUUUUCUUAUUCAAUUUGUUCAAUAUCAUUUCUACCACCAUAACAAUUUGAAUGCGUCAAUAUUACUAAUUCUUAAGCUUAAUUUAUACUUGCGGACGUUUACACGUUCAAAAUGUGAGUGUCUAUUAUGGAACUUUGUAUACUCUUUGUCCAUCUAUUUAUACAAAGAGAUAUACAAAGGGAGACAACUGUAGACACCACAUUUUGUCUGUGUUGAUACAUGAUCGACUAGGAAAUUUUAAUCCGUUUGAGAUAGACAAUUGUGGUACUUAAUUGUCCUAUUAUCUAAAUAAUUAAAUUAAUACGAA